AAAAUAAGUUUAAUUGGACAAGCGAAGAUCCAAAUUGUGCUGAUGUUUAGUAUAACAGCACCAGUCCAUUUCACUGUUCGUAUCAAUCUGCUUCUCUUUGUUUGCUAUAUAAAAUGUUUAAUUUAAGCAAUAAUUUGUUACAUAUUUAUUUCCUGCUGAUAAAUCCUGCUUGGUCUGACCUACCAGAUGCCAAAACACAACCAAUCUGGCAAGUGCUACUGCAAUGGAGAAAAAAAAAAACGGUUACUGAUGCAACAGUGUAGAAAAGCAAUGCAAUUUAUUAAUACCUGUUAGACAUAACGCCAGACUGACCAGCACAGCCUGGUUUUGCCCGCUGGUUACACCAAGCAUGAAUAAUUCAAAUUGCUGUGUAUUUUUUGAACAGGUAUUUUCAGUUGAAGUGUAAUCUUUUUAAUCAUUUAAAAUGGUCUUGGAUAAUAGCUGAAAUAGGUGUGCAUUGGGAUUGUAAUGAGGGGAAGAAAAUGUAUUUUUUAUGUAGCUGUAUGUAUAAAUCGAUGUAUAAAUUUCAUGUUGAUGGGAAUGGAUGGUCAGCUGUGAGCCUGGGAGUGUAAAGGAUGCCUAUGUGGACGCUUAACUUUAGUAACAACUUUUUCCUGACCAGGGUCAAAGUGAUAUAAAACAUUAAUUUGUUAAUAUUUUGGAAAAUACUACAAACUUACUUGGUUAAAAAUUAAUUAUUGGUACAUGCAAACCAAAAUAUUAGUUGCAUGAGUGGAAUACAAAUAAAUAAAUACGGUUUCAAUGUAGUAGUAAAGUAGUAAACUAUUUCUUCAAAAUGUACAAAAUCCAGUCCCAUGCUUUUUUAUUAUUAUUAUUAUUUGUAAUGAGCUUUAAGCAUCGUGUUGUCAUGAGGUGGGGGUAGAAAGGUGAUGAUCUCAGUUACGAGUUGAUGUCCAGUGUGUGAAGGGCAUGGACAGAUUUCUAUGGUGUAUAAAGCACCCUUUAGUAUCCAUCUUGCACUGAUGAAUAAUUAUAUUUAAAUAUAUUUUUAAAUUUUGUAGAGCACAUUGUUUGUCUAAUCAAUUCCUAAAACUUUAUUAUCCAUAUUGUAUAAAAGUUUUGUUAAGUCCAUGUUUUUCUUGUACUGGCUUGGCUCUGGUGUUGGGUUGGUUGAGUUGUUUGGGUUGGUUGAGCUGGUUGAUUUGGUGGAAAGUGUUUUACAUUGUUGGGUUGGGUUUUUUUAUGGAGAAAGAUCUGAGCAGUUUGUCUACAGGAAAGGAAGAGAAUUUCGUGGUGCCAAAGCCUACUGCUCAAAGGCUGGAGAGGCUAAGAAAGGAACGACAGAAUCAGAUCAAGUGUAAAAACAUUCCAUGGAAGGAGAGGACAUCGUCUCAGUCAGCUGACGACUUGAGCUUCCUUUUUGAAAAGAAGGACUUUAAGGACAGGCCUCGAAGCACAGGGACCAAAUCCACCCUCUCUCUGCGCCUAGAGCAAUGUCCUCAACAGCUCAACAACCCGUUUAAUGAGUACUCCAAGUUUGAUGGCAAGGGCCAUGUAGGUACAACAGCAACCAAAAAAAUAGAUGUCUACCUCUCAAUGCAGUCUACCCAGGAGAAGUUGCAUCCUAUGACGGUGGUAACAAUGGCCAAUGCUCGUGUUCAUGAUCUUAUUGGCCUUAUUUGCUGGCAAUACACCAGUGAGGGUCGUGAACCAAAAUUAAAUGAGAAUGUAAACACCUACUGCCUCCACAUUGCUGAAGAUGAUGGGGAGGUGGAUACUGAUUUCCCCCCUCUAGAUUCCAAUGAGCCUAUCCACAAGUUUGGUUUCAGCACACUUGCUCUAGUGGAGAAGUACUCAUCACCAGGCCUAGGCCCCAAGCAGUCCCUGUUUGUCAGAAUUAAUGCGGCUCAUGGUUUCUCGCUGAUUCCAGUGGACAGUUUAAAGGUAACCAUGAAAGAGAUUCUACAGAAGGCCCUGAAGAAAAGAAAAGGCUCACAAAAGGGUUCAGGGCCAAUGUAUCGUUUAGAAAAGCAGAUGGAGCCGAAUGUGGCAGUGGAGCUGGACAGUACACUGGAGAGCCAAAGCACACUUGAGUUCUGUCUAGUACGAGAGAACAGCUCCAGAGGAGAGGAGAGCUCAGAAGAGGACCCACCCAUAGACAUCAAUACAGUACAAGAUAUGUUGAGCAGUCACCACUACAAAUCCUAUAAGAUAAGCAUGAUCCACAAACUCCGGUUCACUACUGAUGUCCAGCUAGGUAUAUCAGGUGAGAAAGUGGAGAUUGAUCCUGUAACCAAUCAGAAAGCAAGCACUAAGUUUUGGAUACGACAGAAGCCCAUUUCCAUUGACUCAGACCUACUUUGUGCCUGUGAUUUGGUGGAGGAGAAGAGUCCAAGUCAUGCAAUAUUUAAGCUCACAUAUCUAAGCAACCAUGACUACAAGGUUCUUUACUUUGAAAGCGAUGCUGCAACAAUCAAUGAGAUCGUGCUGAAGGUGAACUACAUCCUUGAGUCUCGGGCCAGCACUUCAAGAGCUGACUAUGUUGCACAGAAGCAGCGCAAACUCAGCCGACGGACCAGCUUCAGCUUUCAAAAGGACAAGAAAUCAAGCCACCACCAAGGGUGAUGAAAAUCAUCUUGUUGAGUGUAUGCACACAUGCCAAGACCUUCCUGCAAAGUCCUUUAUUGAUGGCAUAUAUUGAUUGUGUCAGUAUAAUGCACUAUCCUGCAGUGGGGAAGCGAUUGUUCCUCUUUAGUUUACUCCUUAUACACAUUGGACCUGGUGUAUGCAAUAUGAACAUGAUUUGGCUAAGAUAUGGCAUUAAAUAAGAAAGAUAUGAGUGAACAUUUCUUACACCUGAAUUUAAGGGCCACGUGUAUAAAGACCUUGUAUAGCCUCAGGUCAAAGCUGUUUUUUUAUCAAUGGGUGUCUGAAACUAAGAGAACUGAAUGCUCUGACAACAAUCUCUGCUUGCACGUGUUGUGCUCAGAUAUCUCCUUGUGUAUAAUUACUUGUUUUUUACCCAAUUUUGUGAAUCAGUCAAUUGACAAAUAGCAUUUUUCGAAAGUGGGUCUGCAGGGCCUGUUCCUUGCUGUGCUGGUCCAUGCCCUGCAGUACUAUUUAUAUCAGGUGACAGGCAUACGAUCCUCAGACCACCUGUUCAUCUGCCUUGUUUAAGCAGAAGCUGGCUCAUCAUGGCCUAUAGACCCAGUCCAUGGUACAAUACUGUGCCUUUGCAGCUCCUCCUCAUAGCCAUUAUAUUUUUUUUCCCCAAAAAAUGUUAAGUGAAAUGCUUCUAAAGGCUGGUCUGUGAUGACCUUAAAAGCAUUUCUCUGCACAUCGUAUUGUGUAUGUUUGUGAAUGUGACAAUUACAAUUUAAAUCCUUUGAAAGUUGUAGGCAUGCAGGGAAUUCUCACUGACCCUAGCAGUUAUCAGGGGAAAUAAAAUGCUUCUAGAAUGGUUUUGUAAAUCCAAGAAAAAGAAAAACUGCUCCAAGCAACCCCUUUCUGAUUUGUGUUUUCAUGUGUCCACACAUCCAAAAGAAAGUAUUCAGGUGAUUACCACUUUAUCAGUUGACUGUUGUCUUGAUUAUUUUAAUGCAAAUUGAGAAUGUACUGUAAAACAUGCUCUUUUUGUAUAACAAUGUACAUUAUAUAUAUAUUUAUAUAUAUAUAUAUAUAUAUAUAUAUAUAUAUAUAUAUAUAUAUAUAUAUAUGUAUAUAUGUUUGUAAAUAUGCAUGUUACUUCCUUUGCUUAGCGAUCUGCAGUGUUUCAAACAAGGGAACACACUUGCAAAUCCAGAACUCAUGCUUUACCUCAGUUUUCUGCCAUUUUAUGUUGACUUCUUGAGGCUUUUCACCCUUUAUUUGUGAUGUGAAGCUGCACUGCUAAGAAGUGAACAAGUUCAAGUUCCUUCCUGUACUGGAGGGAGUGCUGCAUAAUUGUUUUUCAAGUGAACAUUUUUGAAUAAGACAUAUGGCAUUAAAAAUAUUAUAAGAUGAUGAUGCAGUUUUUUUUUUUUAAAGUAGAUUUUUCCCCCAAUAAAGAUGGUUGUAAAUGCU